UAGGAGAAGACCACUUUGACUUAGAUGAUGAAGAUUACUCAUAUGAUGAGGAAAGUGAUCAUGAAGGAGAAUUUGUUAGGAGGAAAACUAAGUUCCCUAGGUACAACCCUAAGGUAGAUAUUCCACUAUUCUGCUUGGGAAUGGUUUUCAGGAGCAAGGAACAGAUGAGGAAGGCACUAAUAAAAUAUGGACUUCUGACAUUUAGAAGUAUAAACUUCAUGAAGUCAGAAGAAGGGAGGAUCAGGGCUAAGUGUGGAUGGCCUGGAUGUCCGUGGACUAUAUAUGGUGCUUAUAGUAGCAGGUGUUCUAGAUUUCAGGUGAUCACAUAUGAAGAUCAACAUGAGUGUGCACCUAACAGAGACAAUCACCUUGUCACAGCAAAAGUUAUUGCUAGGAGAUAUGAGCACAUCUUAAGAGCCAAUCCGACAUGGAAAAUUGAUAGCAUUAAAGCCACGGUUCUGAAAGAUUUCUUUGCGGAUGUUUCAACAUCAAAGUGCAAGGCUGCUAAGAAGAUAGUGUCAGAGAAGCUACUUGCCGGACUGAAAGAUGAGUACACCAAGGUGUUCGACUACCAGCUUGAACUACUUAGGAGCAAUCCUGGGAGCACAAUCCUUGUUGGCUUGAACCCUGAGUACAUGGAUCAAAAUAUUUUCCAAAGCUUCUAUGUAUGCUUCAAUGCUAUGAAAAAGGGUUUUAAAGCUUGCAGAAGAGUUAUUGGGCUUGAUGGCUGUUUUUUCAAAGGAGCAUGUCAAGGUGAGCUUCUAUGUGCUAUUGGUAGAGAUGCUAAUAAUCAAAUGUAUCCAGUAGCUUGGGCAGUAGUGGAGAAAGAAACUAGUGAAUCUUGGGAGUGGUUUGUUGGCCUUUUGAUAAAGGACUUGGAUAUUAAUGAUCAAGGUGAAGGAUGGGUGUUCAUAUCAGAUCAACAGAAGGGCCUUAUCAAUGCAAUGCAAAACUACGUACCAAAGGCACAACAUAGAAUGUGUGCUAGACACAUCUAUGCUAACUGGAAAAAAAAGUUUAGAGAGCAUGCUCUGCAAAAGAAAUUUUGGGCAAUUGCCAAGGCUGCAAAUAGAGAAGAUUUCAUGUAUAGGAAGGCCAAGUUAGCUCAAGAUACACCUGAAGGUGCAAGGGACAUAAUGAGGACAGAGCCUAAGCAUUGGGCAAGAGCAUUUUUUCCUGUUGGGUCCCUUUGUGACUCAGUUGAUAACAAUCUAUGUGAGUCCUUUAACAAUGCUAUAGUUGAGGCCAGAUUCUAUCCUAUCAUCUCUAUGCUAGAGAAGAUUAGACACAAGAUGACACUUAGAGUCCAAGAAAAUAGGAGCAAAAGUGAAAAGUGGACAUCUAGUGAUAUAUGCCCAAACAUUUUCAAGAAGCUUAAGGUGGCCAUCAAAAUGACUCAGUUCUGUGAUGUGCUCUGGAAUGGCAAGGAAGGGUUUGAGGUGAAACAUGUCAGUGGCAGAGGAAGGAGCUAUACAGUGAACUUGGACAAAUGGACUUGCUCUUGUGGUUACUUUCAGCUAGCAGGGAUGCCUUGUUGCCAUGCCAUCAGUGCCAUAUACAAGAGUGGAAGAAACAUAGCUGACUUCAUUCACAAAUGCUAUUCAGUUGAGCAAUUUAAGAAGAUAUAUGAGCACUGCUUGGAGCCAGUAGAAGGACAAGAGAGAUGGCCUAUCUCUGACAAACCUAGACCACAAGCACCUGGGUAUGUGAGUAUGCCAGGUAGGCCUAGGAAUAAUGACAGGAAGAGGGAAGAGGGAGAAGCACCAAAAGGAAAGAAAAUGUCAAAGCAUGGCACUAAAAUUACUUGCAGCAUGUGUGGCCACAAGGGGCACAACAAGACAGGUUGCCACAAGAAUCCUGAAAAGGGGAAGAAGAAGAAUGCCUUCCUGAAGAAAACAGGCAGGAAAAUGAAGUCAUCUAAGCAAGCAAACACUGAUGCUCAAAUCAGAUCAAGCCAGCAAGCUAAAAGCAUAGGAGAAGUUCAAGCACAAGCAGGAUCAAAUGGUGGGAAGAGGAAGGCUACCAAAAAACAGAAUGUGCAAUCCAAGAAAAAAUCAAAGAUGUGA